ACCUCAUUUACAAAAUGCAAAUAAAAUCAACUCUCUCUCUCUCUCUCUCUCUCUCUCUCUCUCUCUCUCUCUCUCCUGGAAUUGCCAUAUCCCACAAUUUUCUUUUGAGUCCCGGCCGGCCUUCUGUUUUUUUUUUUUUUGAAAUGCAUUUCUGGAAUUUUUGAAAUGCCCGGCCGGUCUUCUAAUUAUCUAGCAACACCCUAGAAUUGCCAUAUCCCGCUAUUCUCUUUAAUUUGAUUCCCGGCUGGCCUUCUAAUCAUCUAGCAACACAGAGACUGGGUUUCUGGCGACAUCUUCAUCAUUUCGCUUAGUGACGUAUAAGAAAAGAGCAAAUUGAAGACGAGAAACUGCAAGAAAAGGAACAAAGAAAGAAGAGAUCGAGAUAAAAUGAAUGUUGUGGACCAGAUUGUGGGUAAAAUCACAGAAGUAGCCAUCACAAAGUGUUUCCGUCACAUAGGCUAUCUAUGUCACUACAAUGAUAACGUUCAAAAUCUAGAAGCCGAGACCAGAGGACUUGAAGUUGUGCUGGGAAGUAUCAAUAAUGGUGCGGAGAGAGACCUACGCAACGCACAAGUCAUCAAGCCUGAUGUUGUAAAGUGGCAAAAGGAUGCAGAGGAGAUGCUAGAUGAAGUCGCCACAUUUCUAGCAAACAGAGAAAGAUCAAACACUAAAUGUCUCAAUUUUGUGUGUCCGAAUCUAAAGUGGCGUUACCGUCUAGGCAAGGAGUCCGAACGGAAGACAGCUGGUGUUAUUAGUCUCAAAGGCCGUGGCACCAUGUUUCGGCCAGUAUUGUCAAUGUCAUACCCGGCACCUACACCAGUGUCCCCUCUCACAAAUCACGACGAUUUUGAUUCAAGACAAGAGAUCUUUAAGAGGAUAUUGGAGGUGCUAAAGGAUCCUACAAUUAAGAUGAUUGGCGUGCAUGGAGCAGGUGGCGUUGGCAAGACGAGAAUGGUGAAAGAGGUUCGCAGUCAAGUGAAGAGAGAUGGGCUUUUUGAUGAUGUGGCUAUUGCAGUUGUCUCCCGAAAUCUAGAUAUUAAAAAGGUUCAAGGAGAGCUUGCAGCACAAUUGGGACUAAAUCUGGAUGACCACGGAAGAGAAGAUAGACUUUGACUAGACUGCAUAAUGGGAAGAAGAACCUUGUCAUACUGGACGACGUUUGGAAUCCACUUGACUUGGAGGAAAUUGGAAUUCCUACCGCAACAGACCACGGAAACAAGGAGGGUUGCUGCAAAGUUCUGGUAACAUCCCGGAAGAACCCUUUCCAAAUGAUAACACCAAAAGCAUCGACCAGAGUGUUUUUAAUCCCAAUUUUAAAAGAGAAGGAAGCACGGACCCUAUUUAUGAAGACAGCAGAAAUUUCAGUCAACUCUGAGGAAGAAAUGUCUUCUGUAGAAAAAGCAGUGUGUGACGAAUGUGCAGGCUUGCCCGUUGCUAUUCUUGCCGUUGCAAAAGCAUUGAAAGGUAAAGAGAGCUACGCAUGGCAAGAUGCACUCACGCAACUGAAAAGCUGUAAUUUUAACCAGAUCGUAGACAUAGACCCAAAUUUGUUCUCUUCCUUGAAAUUCAGCUACGAUCAUCUAGAACCUAGGGAUGCACGUUCAUGCUUCCUGCUUUGCUCUCUAUUUCCAGAAGAUGCUGAGAUUUCAAUUGACGAUUUGGUGAGAUAUAGCUCUGGGAUGAGGUUGCUUGGUGCAAUUCACAGUACCCCACUUGAAGACGUAAGAAACAGAGUACUUACAUUGGUUACAUGCCUCAAGGCAUCUUGUUUGCUGUUAGACGGCGAGGAUGACAACACAGUCAAAAUGCAUGAUGUAAUACGAGAUGUUGCUAUAUCAAUAGGGAAAGAUGAGAAGCAAUAUCUAGUGCAACAUGAUCUCAAAAUGUGGCCAGAGGGAGGCACAUAUGAAGGCUAUUCGGUAAUCUCAUUGAUGUCUGAAUAUUUUCAUGAGAUUCCAAGAGAGUUGGGAUGUAAAGAAUUCCAUACGUUGGUGUUGAGAAGCAAGGAUUCCUCACUUCCGGACAGCUUUUUCAAUGGGAUGGAGACCAAUCUCGAAGUCCUCGAUCUGAGCGGCACGGCUAUUGAAAGCCUCCCACUCUCACUUUCAAAGUUGGUUAAGUUGCGGAUGUUAUUUCUCCCAAAUCGAAUUAGAAACAUAUCUCUAUUGGGGGAGUUAAAGAGCCUCGAAAUACUUCGCCUUGAUGGGAUUGACAAGCUAGCACCAGAGAUUAGACAGUUAACUUGUUUGAAGUUGCUAGAUUUGGGAAAUAAUGAGGAUGUGAAACUCAGAGUAAUUCCACCAAAUGUCCUAUCUAAUUUAACAAGGAUGGAGGAAUAUGACAGAAUAUGCGGAGGGAUUGUUUCUUCAAAAAUUAGGACACAGACACAUCGGGUACUCGUCGAAUGGAAAAUGUAUUCGUAUUCUUGA